AUUAAAGGUCCCAUGAUGCUUAGCGAGAAAAUGGCUGACCGUGAAUGACACACGGUGUGUUUUAUCCAAAAUUUGUCAUUUUUUCCUGCAUAAUACAUUCCUCAUUGAAAUACAGAUUAAAACACAUAGACUAGUAUUUGAUGUAAAUGAUGCUUUCUUGAAUCACGGAGGCAGAAGCUUGAUUUGUGUUUAUAAUAAUCUUGAUCGUAACGCGUGUUUUUGCUUUAACAUCACGACAUGGCCACGGUAGCAGCCAAACGCGAAGGACCGCAGUUCAUCAGCGAGGUGGCCGUCCGAGGAAACAGCGCCGUGCUGGACUACUGCCGCACGUCCGUGUCCGCUCUGUCCGGGGCUACAGCGGGCAUCCUUGGCCUUACGGGACUCUACGGCUUUGUGUUUUACUUCCUGGCUUCUUUCCUGCUGUCAUUGCUUUUGAUUCUCAAAGCCGGUCGCCGAUGGAACAAGUGCUUCAAAUCUCGACGUCUGCUCUUUACCGGAGGCCUGGUGGGCGGCCUCUUUACUUACGUGCUAUUCUGGACUUUCCUCUACGGAAUGGUACAUGUGUACUAAAGGGACUCGGACAGUACAGCAGCCGUGUUAGAUGUAGAACAGUACGAUUGUAGAGAGCGCUGAUUGAUGUACCACAGAUGUUGUCCGAUGAAACUUCAAACAUUUUGUCAGUACUAAUUGCACUGAAAUUUAGAUAUGUAAAAAAUGGCGUGUUGUCAUAUUCUUUCCUCUUGUAAUUUAAUAUAUUCCUAAUGCUUAUUCCAAGUCAAAGCUGAGUUUGGAUCAAGCAUAACAACAGUGAAGCAUUUUCAGUUUGCUUUCUAUGUAUGAUGUACAACAAUCUGUGAACUCCAGGCAUCGACCAGAACUAUGUAAAAACACAAUACCAACUUUAAACUGUAUAAAUCACAUUGUUUUAUUUCAGAUAUUUUGAGGAAAAUAAAUCAUUAACCUCAUGGAUUAAA